AUGGCAGCAACCAAAAAGAUCGAGAAAUGGGAAAUCGACCGCUACUGGGAGAUCUUCUCGUCGCUCGUGCAACCGCCUGCGUCGUCGUCAUCACAUUUGACGAACCAAGCGGCGGCCAACGUGCUGCGCAACUCCCAACUACGCGAUGACCAACUCGAACGGGUGUGGGACCUCGCGGACGUCGACGGCGACGGGGAGCUGGAUUUUGAAGAGUUCUGUGUUGCCAUGCGCUUGAUCUUCGACCUGGUCAACGGAGAAUACCAGGACGUACCGAAGAGCUUGCCGGACUGGCUUGUGCCGGCAAGCAAAGCACAUCUGGUAGCGGCGCACCGAGCCUUGACGGGCGAUCAGCGCGAGCAGUUCGAGAGGAUCGAGGACGAUGAGGAUGACGUCGGUCUGAAAGAUGGGUUUGAUUGGUAUAUGAGUCCCGAAGAUAAACGCAGGUACGAGGAGAUAUACUCGGCGAACAAGGACCGACGGGGCGACAUCAGCUUCGAUAGCCUGCAUAAUCUGUACGCCAGCCUAGAUGUGCCGGAUACAGACAUCCGCAGUGCGUGGAAUCUGAUCAACACGAGCGGGCGGGACACGAUCUCCAAGGAUGCGUGUCUGGCAUUCCUGCAUAUUCUCAACUACCGCCAUGAGGGCUACCGGAUACCGCGCACCGUGCCGCCGAGCCUCCGAGCCAGCUUCGAAGGCAAUCAGAUUGACUACCAGAUUGACAGCAUGAGGAAUCGGCCCAACAAGUACGACGAGGACACCAUUACUGGUCGAAAAGCAAAGUUCGGCGAUGCUUAUCUGAGCCGUCUCGGGGAGAGAGGAGGUUCCUCCUAUACGCCCAAAGGGACGGACUUCUCGGAUGUGGUCGAAGAUGAAGAUCUGGAGAAGGUCCGACUGUUGCGUGAGCUGCGCGAACUGGAAGCCCAACACGACGCGGCCAUGGCAGCAGCGGAGCGUCGACGGAAGCAAAGGCGGGAAAACGGAGGUCCGCGGCAGGCUGGCAAGACUAACUGGACACUGGUCAAGCGAGAGGCGCAGCAACUGCUUGAAUACAAACAACGGCAGUAUCUGGAAUUGAAUUCGGAAAGUGCAAACAAGUCAGAAGGCGACCUCAAGAGACUCAGGGACGAUCUCGCAUUGGUCGCCGAACAGAUAGAAGGGCUCGAGUCGCAUUUGAAGAAACGCGAGGCGGAAUUGGAGGGUCUUCGCCGAGAGAUUGAGAACGAGAAGGCGAGUCGAUGA